AUGGAGACUGCCUCUACAGCAAAUAUUUCUGAUGAGAUUGAGGACGAGUUUGAAGUUGAACAUGAAGAAGAAGAGUCAGAUGUAGAAUCUGAAACUGAAAAUCAAGCUCCUACGGAUGUCAAGGUAACUUUCGACACAGCCCACAGGGUUUGGGUUCCCUCUACUUACAGUUAUAUUCCAAAGGAGUCCUAUCUGUUUGCAGGUUAUGACAUCAACAUCCACGAAUCAAUCGAUCACUUUGGAGCUGUGAUCUGGCCUGCGGCAGUGGAGCUGUGCCAUUUUCUAGAAAACAACUGGAAGGAAUUCAAUCUUAAUGACAGAAAUGUAUUAGAAUUAGGAGCUGGGACAGGACUAUUGUCUAUUGUGGCUUGCUUACUAGGUGCCUAUGUAACAGCUACCGAUCUCUCCUGCACAUUGGGUAAUUUACAAAGUAAUCUUAUGAGAAAUACACGAAACAGAAGCAGGCAUCAACCUCAGGUUAAGGAGUUGGCUUGGAACAUAGAUAUGGACAAAAAUUUCCCUCACUCUGAUUUUCAUUAUGAUUACAUCCUUGCAGCUGAUGUUGUUUAUCAUCAUGACUAUCUGGAUGACUUACUGGCUACAUUUGAUUACUUCUGCCAACCAGACACUGUAAUAUUGUGGGCAAACAAACUUAGAUUUAAAUCAGACUAUGAUUUUUUGGAAAAAUUCAAGUUAACUUUUGAUACAAUAGUUCUGGCAGAUGAUACAAAUUCUGAAAUGAUAAUAAUUAAAGCGGUGAGAAAGUGCAAUAGCAAACCUUAG